CCUAAAUGGGAGGGCCUGGAUGGGAAGAGAGGGUGACGAUGGGCUUCAGUGACGUCACGCGCUGCGUCGAUAACCAUUCCGCCUGCUCCAGACUGCGGCGGGCAGAGUGGCUUGUAACAGAAAUGGCGGAGGGGGAGUUGGACGUCGAUUCUUUGAUUUCCAGGCUUUUAGAAGUGCGAGGAUGUCGUCCAGGGAAGAUUGUCCAGAUGACGGAGGCCGAGGUGCGUGGCCUGUGCAUCAGGUCCCGGGAGAUCUUCCUCAGUCAGCCGAUCCUUCUAGAGCUGGAGGCUCCGCUCAAAAUCUGUGGUGACAUCCAUGGACAGUACACAGACCUGCUGAGGCUCUUUGAGUACGGCGGCUUCCCUCCAGAGGCCAACUACCUGUUCCUGGGCGACUAUGUGGACAGAGGGAAGCAGUCUCUGGAGACCAUCUGCCUGCUGCUGGCGUACAAGAUUAAAUACCCUGAGAACUUCUUCCUGCUCCGGGGCAACCACGAGUGUGCCUCCAUCAACCGCAUCUACGGGUUCUACGAUGAAUGUAAACGCAGAUUCAACAUCAAGCUGUGGAAGACUUUCACUGACUGCUUCAACUGCCUGCCCAUCGCUGCCAUAGUAGACGAGAAGAUCUUCUGCUGUCAUGGAGGCCUCUCUCCUGACCUGCAGUCUAUGGAGCAGAUCAGACGCAUCAUGAGACCCACAGAUGUGCCUGACACAGGGCUCCUGUGUGAUCUGCUGUGGUCAGACCCAGACAAGGACGUCCAGGGCUGGGGGGAGAAUGACCGCGGCGUGUCCUUCACUUUUGGAGCUGAUGUGGUCAGCAAGUUCCUCAACCGCCAUGACCUGGACCUGAUCUGCAGAGCUCACCAGGUGGUAGAAGAUGGUUAUGAGUUCUUUGCAAAGCGGCAGCUGGUGACUCUGUUCUCGGCUCCAAACUACUGCGGAGAGUUCGACAACGCCGGCGGCAUGAUGAGCGUGGAUGAAACCCUGAUGUGCUCCUUCCAGAUCCUGAAGCCAUCUGAGAAGAAAGCCAAGUACCAGUAUGGAGGGAUGAACGCUGGUCGGCCCGUCACUCCUCCCCGCACAGCCCAGCCUCCAAAGAAACGAUGAAGACGCACAGAGACAGAAUGAGAGAGAGGGAGGAUUCUCUCCUGGUGGCUUUUCACAACAAGUAAACACGUAAAAGCGGCACUUGGCAGAAGAGAAAACCGAUGAACACAAUUUUAAAAGACACACCCACCCUGUCUUUCAUUUAAACUUUUUUUAAAUCUCCCUAUAAACUGUCAGUCUUCUUCCUCAGUGCUUUUUAUCUCUGCGUCUGUGUAACAUUUUUAAAAAAAGAGUAUUAAAAGUUAAAUGAGAAAACUACGAGGGUGUUGUUCUGUAGCAUAUCAGUGUUUUUUUUUUUCCUUUGUCUUUUUGUCCUUUGCCUUUUAUUUCCUUGACAAGUUUACCACAUUUCCUUACUCCCCUACCUGUACAGACACAACUAGGGGUGCACCGAACUUUUGGCCGCCGAAAAGGCCAUUUCUAUUUCGGGCCGGAAUAAAAUAAAAAAAACACGCUGAAAAUGCCCUGCCCAGCACAGGUUAGGUUUCAGUCACACUGGAGCUGUUAUAUCACGCGUCUCCCCAUCAACAACAAAGCAUGUCAGCGGUAUGGAAGCAUUUUGAAGUUUCAGGUGAGGACACCAAAGUUGCAAUAUGCAACAUUUGUUCUGCGAAAAUAUCAAGAGGAGGUACGGUGCCAAAGAACUUUUCGACAACAGGUUUGAUACACCACCUGAAAUCACGACAUCCAAUUGAAUAUAAGGAGUACCGCAAAACAACAUUGGUUAAAAUUGCCCCAACUACAUUACUAAUACCCUCGGUCGCCACAUUCUUUGAAAAGACUAAGAAAUUUGCAGAUGAUAGUCCCAAAGCAUGUGGCAUUACUGAGAAAGUAACGGAAUUCAUUGCCUUAGACGACCAGCCCUUUUCGGUCGUGGAGGACAUUGGAUUUCGUAGGCUCAUACAACAUUGAACCGUGUUGUACACUGCCACAGCAGAAAAAUGUCUACCUGAAAUGUAUGACCGAGUUGCAAAACACAAAAAGAAGCCAUUUUCGGUUUUGUUUCGGUUUUCGGCCAAGUGCAUCCUAAAUUUUCGGCUUCGGCCCAGAAUUUUCAUUUCGGUGCAUCACUAGACAUAACAGGUGUUAAUGGCAACCGCUGGGUUUUCAAUAAAUAAUACAGGGAUUAAAUCCA